CACCCAGGACCAACAGAGACAGGAGUGGGGGUCUGUGGAUAUGUCGGCCCCGUUUCUCUGAGCCAUCUUCAUCAGUUCCUCCAGGCUGAAGCUGCUUCCGGCGGCCCGGUGCCCCCCCCCCCCCCGUCCUCACGCCGGUCUGAGCGAACAACGCUGCCGCCCGGAGGAGAGGGAAAUCUGGCUCUGACUGAAGGCCAUGUGAGGCGGGACCAUGGAAGGCCAACAUUCAACAUGCUGCCCAACCCCGAGGAGUGACAGAGACGCAGGAAGUCACACACACAGAAACCCAGCUGAUCCAGUGACAUGGUUCACAGGUGUGGAGCGCGCAGGUGGAGAGGAGCUGGUGCAGCAGUCCCGUCUGUGAAGCUGAACGAGGAAGUUAAAAAGUGCACGUUCUCACGCCGCUGACGGAGAGUAGGCGUGCUCGAUCUGUGACACGACUGAGUCAAUGACAGCAGUGAGGGACGCAGCUAUGUAAGAGGACGUGUCUGCGGAGCACGGGUCCAGACAAUCAACACUCUGCUGUGAUUCAUGUCGGCUCUCAGGGGGACGACGGCGGUUACUGAGCAGAAGAGCGAGCAGCAGGUGAUGCACACCUGAGAGUGAGGUCUGCCUCCUGCGGGACAAACAGCUUUAACACUUCUUCAUAGUGGAGAGGACAGGAAACAAACGCUCCGACUCCACCAUGCCCCGGAACCGAGCCUUCUCCGAGCCCGAGUACUCGGCAGAGUAUUCGGCGGACUGCUCCGUGACGCUGCCCUCAGACCCCGGGCAGGCGGUGGGGCGGACACAUGAGGUCACGGUGCGGAGCUCGGGAUGCUGCCUCUGUCUGCCGCGGUUCAUGCGCCUCACCUUCGCGCCCGAGUCUCUGGAGAACCUGUACCAGACCUACUUCAGGCGGCAGAGACACGAGACCUUGCUGGUGCUGGUCGUGUUCGCCGCCCUCUUCGACAGCUACAUCAUCAUCAUGUGUGCCGUGGUCUACACCACUGACAAGCUGGCGUCUGUCCUAGUGGCCUCAGUGGGACUGGCUGCAGAUAUUAUCCUCUACCUGCUGUGCCGCUUCGGCCUGCUGCCAGACCGCAUCUCCAGACGGGUGGUGCCCUACGCCCUGUGGGUGCUCAUAGCGGCGCAGAUAUUCUGCUACCUGGGUCUGAACUAUGCUCGCUUCCACCAGGCCAGCGACACCGUGGGUUGGCAGGCCUUCUUCAGCUUCUCCUUUUUCCUGACUCUGCCUCUGAGGCUGACCCCCAUCGUGCUCAUCACCACUGUGUCCUGCGGGGUCCACACUUUGGUUCUGGGCGUCACCAUCGCCCAGCAUCAGCAGGAGGAGGUCCAGGGGGCUGCGCUUGGCAGACAGCUGCUGGCCAACAUCGUGAUCUACGUGUGUGCGAUCACCGUGGGCGUCAUGUCGUACUACAUGGCUGACAGGAAGCAUCGGAAGGCCUUCCUGGAGGCGAGGCAGUCACUGGAGGUCAAACUCAACCUAGAGGAGCAGAGCCAGCAACAGGAGCGUCUGCUGCUCUCCAUCCUCCCCAAGCACAUUGCGGACGAGAUGUUGCAGGACAUGAAGAAGGAGCCCAGUCAGAAAGAGAUGCAGCAGUUCAACACCAUGUACAUGUACAGACAUGAAAACGUCAGUAUUCUGUUUGCAGACAUCGUGGGCUUCACCCAGCUGUCGUCGUCCUGCAGCGCUCAGGAGCUGGUCAAACUGCUCAACGAGCUGUUCGCUCGCUUCGACAAACUGGCCGCAAAAUAUCACCAGCUGAGGAUCAAGAUCCUGGGAGACUGCUACUACUGCAUCUGCGGCCUGCCGGACUACAGGGAGGACCACGCCGCCUGCUCCAUCAUGAUGGGCCUGGCCAUGGUGGAGGCCAUCUCGUACGUCAGAGAGAAAACCCAGACCGACGUGGACAUGAGGGUGGGAGUUCACAGCGGCACCGUGCUGGGAGGAGUGCUGGGUCAGAAACGCUGGCAGUACGACGUCUGGUCCACCGACGUCACUGUGGCCAACAAGAUGGAGGCUGGAGGGAUCCCAGGUCGCGUCCACAUCUCUCAGAGCACGAUGGAGUGUCUUCAUGGAGAGUUUGACGUGGAGCCUGGGAACGGAGGCGACCGCUGUGACUACCUGAGGGAGAGAGGCAUCGACACCUACCUGGUGGUCGUCCCUAAAGGGCCUGUGGGAAAGAAUGGCAUCAACGGUGUAAAGCUGUCUGUGACCUCGUCCAAUGGAAACUCUCCGCUGCUGAUCAACACCACAGAGUGUAACGGCAGCGCUAACACAGCCUGCACCACGCCGGAGGAGCCAGACGAGCUGGACACCAGGGUGGUGAAUCCGUCCUUCCCUAACCCGCGGAGACGGCUGCGGCUGCGGGACCUGGCGGAGAGAGUGAUCGAUGCUCAGGAGAACGAGCAGGAGCUCAACAAACUGCUGAACGAGGCUCUGCUGGAGAGAGAGACGGUGCAGGCUUUGAAGGGGAAACACACCAACAGGCUCUCCCUGAGGUUUGUGGAUCCGGACCUGGAGACUCGUUACUCCGUGGAGAAGGAGAAGCAGAGCGGAGCGGCCUUCUGCUGCUCCUGUGUGGUCCUGCUCUUCACUGCAGCCAUGGAGGCGCUCAUAGACCCCUGGCUGAUUGCAAACUACAUCACCUUUGCAGUGGGAGAAGUCCUGCUGCUCAUCCUGACCAUCUGCUCUCUGGCCGCCAUUUUCCCCAGAGUCUUUCCCAAGAAGCUGGUGUCGUUCUCCACCUGGAUCGACCACACCCGCUGGGCCCGGAACACCUGGGCCAUGGCGGCCAUCUUCAUCCUCACCAUGGCCGACAUCAUGGACAUGCUGAGUUGUCUCCCUCGAGUCCCAGACUCAGGUAGCACCACUGUGGCUCCCUCCUCUUCCUCCUCCUCCUCCUCCUCCACUCGGUCCGGCCCUGACGGUUGCCUGGGCAACCCCAAAUAUUACAGCUACAUUGCUGUGCUUGCUCUGAUGGCUACCACCAUGCUGGUCCAGGUCAGUCACAUGGUCAAGCUCACACUGAUGCUGCUCAUCACCGUGGCCACCGGCAUCGUGAACAUCUACAGCUGGAGGGACAUCUUCGACCGCUACGACAUGGCCCGUUUCCAGGACUACAGGUCGUACCUGGUUCCCUCCAAAUUCACCAUGACCAUCAUGAUCUUCAUUAUGAUGGUCAGCUUCUAUUACUUCUCCCGACAUGUGGAGAAGCUCGCCCGCACCCUGUUCCUGUGGAAGAUCGAGGUCCAUGAGCAGAAGGAGAAGGUGUACGAGAUGAGGCGCUGGAACGAAGCGCUGGUGACCAACAUGCUGCCUGAACACGUGGCCCGACACUUCCUGGGAUCCAAGAAGAGGGACGAGGAGUUGUACAGUCAGUCCUACGACGAGAUCGGAGUCAUGUUCGCCUCGAUCCCCAACUUCUCUGACUUCUACACAGAGGAGAGCAUCAACAACGGAGGCAUUGAGUGUCUGCGCUUCCUCAACGAGAUCAUCUCUGACUUUGACAGUCUGCUGGAUGAGCCUCAGUUCCGCUGCAUCACUAAAAUCAAGACCAUCGGCAGCACCUACAUGGCAGCGUCAGGUGUCACCCCAGAUGUCAGCAAUGGCUACACCUGCAUGAAGAAGGAGGAGCAGUCGGACAGGGAGCGCUGGCAGCACCUGGCGGACCUGGCGGACUUCGCUCUGGCCAUGAAGGUCACACUCAUGAACAUCAACUACCAGUCGUUCAACAACUUCAUGCUGCGCAUUGGUCUGAAUAAGGGCGGAGUCUUAGCCGGAGUGAUCGGUGCCCGGAAACCCCACUACGACAUCUGGGGCAACACUGUGAAUGUGGCCAGUCGCAUGGAGUCCACAGGGGUGAUGGGGAACAUCCAGGUGGUGGAGGACUGCUACAACAUCCUGAAGGAGUACGGUUUUCGCUUCGUGAGGCGGGGGCCGAUCUUUGUGAAGGGGAAGGGGGAGCUGCUCACCUACUUUCUGAAGGGAAGAGACAAACAGGGCUCCUUCAUCAACGGCUCCUCCGUCACUCUGCCUCACCAGGUGGUGGACAGCUAGAGGCCACGCCCCCACACACACACACUGCCCACCUGAGUGAUCACUGCAGGGGGAGGGGGGCAGAGAACUGAACCUGACCUGAGCUUCACACAAUGUUUACAGUUCAAACUACACACCACUGACACACUACACACACACACACACACACACACACACACACACACACACACACACGUGUCCAUGUCAACGGAAAGAUAUAAGAGCCAGGAGAGUUUGAACGACAUGUUCAAGUUGAACCAAGAAUUCAAAAUCUGGAUCAUCUGAAUUUGAAUUCACUGAAAAUGAAAUAAAUAAAAAACAGAAGUUCCAGACACAUGAUCCAAGAUCAAACUGGAAUAAUUAGAGCGUAUGAGGUAACGAGUCAGGCUCAGGUGUCGUCACAGUCCAGUCUACACAACCACGUUUUCAUUCAUGUGCAGUGAUGAGGAAAACUCCUGGAUUUUCACUUAAUGAAUCACUUGUUUAUUGGCACCAUGACACUAAAUGUAAUUAAAGCCUGAGACAUCCUGCUAAUUAACAGACUAAUCAAACGUAUAACCUGCUCACUGGAGUGAUAGUGACCUGAAACUGAGAGUGAUUAAGCAGGAGUUUCAUUAGUAACGGGAGAAGUUGGGAGUCUGCAGCAUGUGUUCACGCUCUAAUGAUGUGAAACAGAGUGUUCUCCAAAAUCACAACCGAAGUUUCUCACUUUUCAAACAGAGCAGGUCUAGACCCAGCUCUCGAGCAAACACUUGGCGACAGUGGAGAGAAAAAGAGGCAGAAACCUCGAGCAGAACCAGACUCAGGGUGGGUUUGAUCAUUUAAUUCUAUUUAAUGAUUGUAAUUGUGCUUUAGUAAUACAUUGAAAAUGUCAUGCCAGUAAAGCCUGUUGGAUUGAAUUGAGAGAGAGAGACAGAGAGAGAGAGAGAGAGCAAUAAUAAUGAGAAUGAGAAAUCAACCUCUGGUCUUGACUCAAACAAAACUUUAAACACAAUUUCCUAAUUAUAAAAUUAAAAUGAUAAAAUCAUUGAACAUAAACUUUUGAAUUCAAAGUGAUGUAAUUUAAAUACAAUGAUGGGCUUUAUCUCUUUCCAACACUGAUCUCUCACACACACACACAGACACAAACACACACACACACACACACACACACAUACACACACACACACACACACACACCCAUCUCCUCAGCACAUUAACACCACGUGUCUUUUAAAUUCUGGACGCUGCCGGUUUACAGAAUACUUCCAUGUACUGAGUCUGACGGACUGAUCUGAGUUCAGGUCUCUGUCUCCGACGGGGAAGAGGAUGCGGACGUGGACCAAUCAGAGUGUGAUGAUACAGUGAUCUGCCACCUGCUGCUGCCUGUGUGUGGUCCUGGUGUGUGUAAGAGUAUGUGCAUCGCCUAUAGUGUAUUUUUCAACCAUCAGGCUCUUGGUUCUCCUUGAUCCUGAUCUGGGGACAGAUCAGAUCUGUCCCUCUGCUCCUGGACCUGGUACAGCACUCUACACCGCUGGCCUCUAGAUGCUGUGUUGAACCAACAGAGGACAACAGAUGUCCACACUGUCGGUUGGAGGAGCGGGACACUGACACAUGGCAGGAAUAUUAUUUCACACUGACAGUGGACUGAUGGAAGUGCCUGUCCCAGCUGGGAUCCUCUACAGACAAGGGACAGUCCACCAGUCCCCCCACGCUGCUGUGAGAGGAUCAUUCCAGUUUAUUACAGCUGGGGGUUAAGUUUGUACGUUCUCUGGUCAUAAACUUGUGAUGAGAUCCGGGAACAGGGUGAGACGGGUCCAGAGACGCGAGCAGUCAGGCGAUCAGACAGAGAAGAAGAAGAGUAAACCGUUGCCGUCUGUUAAACAUCCAUCACAGUUUACAGACCCACUUCCUGUUUGUUUCUGCUGUGUCGGAUCCGCUCACUUUCAAAAUAAAAUGUUUAAGUUCAUCUGGAUAAACUCUGCACUCGCGCUGAUCGUCUGACUGCUCCUGUUUCUUCACCCAUCGGACUCAUGUCAGUGACGUCACUGUGACACAUGACCUCAGAGAUGAACUUGGUGUUGUACAGUGUUAGAAACGCACUGAAGGACUGACGCUGUAAUGAUCUGGAGUUUUCUUUCACUGAAUUAUGAUGAUGAUGAUGAUGAUUAUGAUGAUGAUGAUGAUGAUGAUGGAAAAGAAGAAAACAGCAGAAUUUGAAGUAAAAUGAUUAACUUGUUUAUUUCAUGAUAUAAAAUGACGACAGCGACAAAAAAGUUCAUAAACAGGAAGUCGAACUUUUCUCAGCUUCUCCAUGUUGUUUCCACCAGGUGUUAACGUGUGAGCUGCACCUGAUGAUGAGGCCUUUGAAUUUACACCUGGAAUGAAUUGAUAUUUAUUCCAUCUCUGCCUGUUGGUCAGAUCCCUACACAGACGGUAGUUUUCAGUUGUGCUCUGACACCGCUGUCCACCCACUGUGCUGUCAUGUUUCCUUCAUGGACAAGUGAAGAUGUGACCUGUUGCUGUUUACCGGCUACAGACAGCAUGAAGAGGCACAGUGAGGGUCAGGUGACCUCUCAACUGGGUUGGGUUGACUGGGGCCAAACUAUACAGAUGUUAUACACACCUGGCUGAGACAGAUCCAGUGUAUUAACAUAUGUUUUCAAUGAUCCAGACACAGAUCUCAUGUUUAUACCAGGUAGAGAUGAGGUCUCUCUCUCACCUGUGUGUCUCUUUAGUCUCUGUUUGCUUGGUCACAUAUUCCAACAUGGACACGUACAGCAGAUGUGCACAGGGUUCCACGUGUUCUGAUGUGUUUACACGGGAAGUUGGUGGAAGGUGAUGGUCUAUGCACUGACCCUCAGACACCUGGGCAGGUGAAAGAACUGACCUCAGCUGAACCCAUGUGGUUUUGUGGACUCAGACAAUCUAAUCUCUUCAGAGGACACGUCCUCUCACAGCUUCAGCUUCAGGUCUCACCUCCCACUCAGUCUUCUUGGUUCCUCUACCCAAGGUUUGGAGUCAGGUGGAAAGAUCAGCAGGUACACAGGGAAAGUGUGUCAAUACUAAAGAAAUGGGCCUAAUCACAAACGGUGUGUUAAGAGUUGGUGAAUGGGCCUGCACAAAAAAAGUCUAACAAGUCGGCUUGCUCACAUGCAGGUUCUGAAGCCCAUCAUACAGGUUCUGAUCACGGAGCUUCAGACAUGACUCCCCUACUGUUGUGUCUCUGAGGCUCUGACUAACAGCAGUGACGUUCAGGAGAACAAACAGGAAGCAGCUGACCUGUGUGUCAGGUUUGGGGGAAGUAUUCAGGAGUCACUGCUCUUUCCUCUGCUGAUUGUAAAACCCAUUAGUGUCUCUGUAGAAUGGGAUGAAAGUGCAAUAGUUUCUUCUUCUACAAACCUGACGCUCUCCUCUCUUAAGGAAAGGUUCAAUCAUUCCUUCCCCUUUAAUUCAUAUUUUUAUAAAGUAAUGUUUUGUUCUAUUUAAAGAAAGGGAAAGAGGACUGAGCGUGUCCUCACUGUACAUAGAGUUCAGACUGUGUUUAUUGGUCAGUUUUAUUUAUUGGAGAUGACAGGGACGUUGUCUUUUUUCUUACACAGAUGUGAAAGUGCCAAUGAUAAAGGAAUGGCUUCAAAUGUAAAAGCCACAUCACGGACCACAGCUGUUUCCUCUCCUCUCCUUUGUAUUUUAAAAGAAUCUCAGGCUUGGGAACAAAAUAGCACUUUGAAUACUGUGUCAACUCUGUAUAUGAUUCCAGGUUUUGGUUGCAAAAAAAUUUUUGAGCUAAGUUCCAACACAAGAACACUGAGAUGCCGUCUGGAGAGUCCGGGCCAGCUGACGGCUGAUGAUUCAACCCUGUGGUGGAUGUAGUUGUUGUUACUGUUCAGAUCCAGAGCUUUGACUCCUCUUCACAGUUUUGUGGAUUGAAUUAGAUACUGUAGGUCUCCUCAGACUGUUCUGAGCAGCUGAUCCCGAUCCUGGUCUUUAAGUUGAAGAAUCUCUGUCAGUGUACCCUCUUUCAUUUCAGUUGUUUGUCAUCAUAAGGUGAAUUGAAUAAAGAAAUCUAAUAAAGACAA